AUAACGUGGGUUUCAGGUUCAAGUACUGGUUUAUUUUACCAGGACUUCAUUUCCCAGAGGCGCUUGCGCCCCGCUCGACAAUCCGGGAAAAUCGGAGUGCGCUUGCGUAUCCAGACGUGGCAACGGCAUCAUGGCCUCUUGGAACCGCAACGGGAGUAGGAUGAGAGAGGCGAAAAUGUCCAUGCUGGUGCUGCUGUUGAUGCUGCUGUCGGCGUUGGACGCUGUCAAAGUGUCUCCUCUAAUAGAGAAAGUUGGGGACCACAAAGACUUCAAGAAGCUUCUCAGGACAAGAACCAACGUUCUGGUGCUCUACACAAAAACAGCAACGUCGGGAGACUCCCAUUUGAAGCUGCUGUCCGAUGUUGCACAAACAGUAAAAGGCCAAGGGACCAUUGCCUGGGUCAAUUGUGGAGAUUCAGAGGGCCGUAAACUCUGUAAGAAGGUAAAAGUGGACCCAAGUUCAAAACAAGGAGGAGUAGAGCUGCUGCAUUACAAAGAUGGAACCUUUCAUACAGAAUACAACAGACCUACUACAAUAAAGUCAAUGGUAGCAUUUCUAAAAGACCCAUCAGGCCCUCCACUUUGGGAGGAAAACCCUGACGCAAAAGAUGUGGUCCACGUUGAAACAGAAAAAGACUUCAGAAAGUUGCUGAAGAAAGAAGAGAAGCCAGUGCUCAUGAUGUUUUAUGCUCCCUGGUGUGGAGUUUGUAAAAGAAUGCAGCCCAUUUUUCAGCAAGCAGCCACUGAGGCAAAAGGACAGUUUGUAUUGGCAGGAAUGAACGUCCAUCCAACGGAGUUCGAUGGCCUCAAGCAGGAAUACAGUGUCAAAGGCUAUCCAACCUUUUGUUACUUUGAGAAGGGAAAAUUCCUUUAUCACUAUGAAAACUAUGGUGCUACAGCCAAGGAUAUUACAGACUGGCUGAAGAACCCUCAGCCCCCAAAGCCAAAAACUCCAGAGGUGCCGUGGUCAGAGACGGAUUCAGCCGUCUUUCAUCUCGCUGACGACACGUUUGACAGCUUCUUAGAGGAACACCCUGCAGCCCUGAUCAUGUUUUACGCCCCGUGGUGUGGCCACUGCAAGAAAAUGAAGCCAGAAUAUGAUGAAGCUGCUGAAAUACUCAACAAAGAUGCAGAUAGUCCAGGAGUGUUGGCAGCAGUGGAUGCCACAGUGCACAAAGCUUUGGGGGAGCGCUUUAAGAUCUCUGGUUUCCCAACCGUUAAAUAUUUUGAAAAAGGAGAAGAGAGAUACACGUUGCCACACCUUCGAACUAAAAAUAUGAUAGUGGAAUACAUGCACAAUCCACAGGCACCUCCACCGCCAGAGCUGUCAUGGGAGGAUAAGCCCUCAAGUGUGAGCCAUCUUGGAUCAGAAGAUUUCAGAGAAGCUCUGAAGAAGAAAAAGCACGCUUUGGUCAUGUUCUACGCCCCCUGGUGUCCUCAUUGUAAAAACGCCGUUCCACACUUCACCACGGCGGCAGAGCUCUUUAAGGAGGAUCGCAAGAUCGUUUAUGCUGCAGUGGACUGCACAAAAGGACAGAACCAUGAAGUCUGUAAGCAGGAAGGGGUGGAAGGUUACCCAACAUUCAACUACUACAACUACGGCAAGUUUGUGGAACGAUAUAAUGGAGAGCGUGGGGAGGCGGGCUUCACGGGAUUCAUGCGCAGCUUAAGAGGACGAGACCAGGAGAAGGUAGUCAAGAGGAAGGAGGAGCUCUGAGCCGGGCGAGGGGACGAUGCACACUCACCCUCGAGCUCGGCCCAGUCAGCACUGAUAUGGGAGAUACUGAUGACCUCAGCAACGGCUGUUUUUUCUUUUUUUCUUUUUUUGUUUUUUCUAUUUCUGGGUGACCCUGUUUGUAAUAAUACCAGUGGAUUAUUUACAGUCCAACCACUUGAGACUUGUUUUCCCGUUUGAUUUCUCCAUAUGUAUUCUGAUGGGGCAAGAAAAGAAAAACAUAGAAACAAAACUGACUGUUUUUUGCCCACCCACUGUGAAUAUGUGAAAAACGACACCCUAAACUGUAUCUAUGCAAUAGUGACCCCUGCUUAGCCCCGAGGGGGUCUAUGUGACUGUGUUGAUGUCUAACGAGGGCAUCAAGGCUGAAGUAGAACUUCUAUUGUCCAUCAUUACACAAAGGUUCCUGUCCAGUUUGUCUUUAUGGACGAUUUAUCUACACACACCUGUAUGGUCUUUGGUUUUGUACAGAACUUUAGUUCCAUCAAUGAUAUGGAUAAAUGAUUUAUCACUCACUAAUCAUUCAAACUUGUAACGUCAAAUGUGAAGCACUGCAGUAAGUUAGAAGAAGCUGUGUACUUUUAUUUUUUUUAAGAUCAGUAUUCUGUUUGGGUCUGCACCCUCAUUGGUUGUUUUCUCUGACUUGAAUUCUUUUGGUUUACUUCAAAAUGUGGCCUUAAAAGAUAAAAGAAAGUAAAAUAUCUGGCACUGUAAAAAUCUAAAUUUUGGAGAACUCCGAGGCCUGGUGUCCUUUUACGUUCUCAAGACUUGAACAGAAGAAGAAAUAAUGUGUACAUUUGAUGCCAAAUGUCGCUGCGCACGCUCCUUUAUAUACACAGGGUGACAUUUCAUCUCCAGCACCGAACAGGAAGUCAUUGAAGCAAAAGAGAUCCAUUUAUAUCAUUGCUUAGGAUUUGGUUUAGUUCUGCAUUACAGAAUGGUCAAAAUCAUUUUUUAUUGUGAUUUCACACCGCAGGAAUGCUGCAGAUCUCUAAACUCACAUUCAGGGUUU